UUGGCUGCAGUCUUCAGUGAGAAGCGUGAGUAUCAGUAAUUAUUCAGCAAUGUUUUUGCACAAGAAAUGUCAGCCAGAGAGGGCCAUCUUCAUCCGCCGCCAAAUAACAGCGCGACGAUGUCAUGUUCCAACAACCAGGCUGGGAACUCCUUCUUUGUGGACUCCUUAAUAAACGUGAGAAGCGACGGCGCUCCGUAUUAUCCAAGUAACAGCCUGUAUUUGCCACCGGCUUCGGAAUAUUCAUAUGGGAUCUCCAGCGGCUCCUGCUUCCCGGCAGUCGGGAAGCGCAGCGAGCCAACGACCCACAGCGUGAUUCCGUCCGCGGUUCCGUAUGUUCAGGGGAUGGAAACGUGGCUGGAAACGUCCAGGUCCUGCCGAGUGGAUCAACCCUGCAGCGGGCAGCAUUUGGCUCAGUGUUCAUUUUCGCCGAGCAUAAAGGAGGAGAGCGCCUGCUGCCUUUACGAGACAGACAAAUGUCAUAAAGGAGCGUCAGUGGAUGACAUGUCCUACUCCACCGCGUCCUGCCCCGUUACCCCCGGCAACACCGUGCCAGUCCCGGGUUACUUCCGCCUGUCUCAAACCUACGCGUCCUCCAGGUUGUAUCACGAUGUUCAGCCAGACAUGAAUCACUUCAGUCUGCAGCGACCCGGCCGCUUUGAAGGCCAGCCCUCACAGCCGCAGUCUGCCUCUGCGGAGCCGGAGCGCGGGGAGAGCCACGAGGAGGCGCCCGGCUCUGCGCCGUGCGCUCCGGCCAGGGAGGAGGAGGACACCCGCCUCUCCUCGGAGAGCUCGUCGUCCACUGAGCCUGCAGAGACGGAGUGUCCAGACAAGUCCGUAAAAGGAGAAGGAAAAAUGCAGAGCACGGCCAACUGGCUGACAGCAAAGAGCGGCAGGAAGAAGCGGUGUCCCUACACCAAGCACCAGACUCUGGAGCUGGAGAAGGAGUUCCUCUUCAACAUGUACUUGACGCGGGAGCGUCGCCUGGAGAUCAGCCGCAGCGUGCACCUCACCGACAGGCAAGUCAAAAUCUGGUUCCAGAACCGGAGGAUGAAACUGAAAAAGAUGAGCCGUGAAAACAGGAUCCGGGAGCUCUCCAGCAACUUUGGGUUUUCGUGAGACUUUGAUGAGAGACGCCCUCUUCCUGUUCCUCCUUCCCUCUUCCUCUUCUUCCUCCACCCAAACUGUGAGAGUGCCCUUGGAGAAACGGGACCCAACUGCUAACUUAUUGAUCAGAGCUGUUCUUGUCUUGGAUUUGUAUUUAUACGCGGUCACAUUUGAAACAUCCAGUUGUUCAGGCUUGUACAUAAUUAUGCGCUCAAUCUGAGUGAUCCGUUGGAUUUUGCAUGCUGGACUCACCACUGGCUCAUCUGUGUUACAGUUACAUGUAGGCCUUAAUGUGAUGGGGAAAAAAAGAAACAAAAAACGGAAAAAAAAAUAAAAUACAAGAGGUCUGGUGAAUAUUUGCACAUUAGCUGCUCAGAUGAAUAAAAAAACAACAUAACCGCACAAAACCACAGGCUUUGUGCGUUGUUGUAAAUGUUU